GGAUUUGAGAAAAAUGGGAAUUCAGCUAAUUUUUAAUUGUAUUAAUGGUUUGGUUGGUUAUGUAGGUACAAUUAUAUCGAAAAUAGAUGUCAAAUUAUUCUCCAUCAUCGUAGAAAAGAAGCUAAUAAUCACUUAUUUUUAAUAGUAACAAUAACAGGCGUUUUCGAAAAAGAAAGUGCAUAGCAAAGUUAUGAACUGAAUGGUCGGUCUAAAGAUGCUUGAAACUUUGUUCACCAGUUGGCCGCCUUUUGUGAUGACUGCUGUAAAACUAUGGCUUUUUACGCAUCUAGCGAUGCUGUGAAUGUUAGUAAUUCAAUUGACUUAUCGGAGGAGAAUAAUAUUGUUGACCACCCUUCUAUAAUACCGCUUGAGAAAGACAGUUUUGCAAUAUGUGAAUUUUGUGGGUUUGUUGGCCGUAGAGGGCAGUUUUACACUCGUAAUAAUAAAGUUUGCUCUUUGAGAUGUCACGUAAGUAGUACCAGACGUCGGCAUUUUAACUGGCGGUUUAAACUAAUGGAAGGAACCGAGCAUAUGGCUGGCAUGAUUCCCUUGGAACCUUUGCCUCAGCUCCAGCAAUGGCAGGCUACAUAUAGUGACUUACAGGCUGGUCCUAUAAAGCAGUCUGCUUCAGUUGUGGCUAAUAGCUACGAGUGGAAGGAUGAAUUAUUUGGCUGUGACUUUCUUGCCGCACCAGUCAGUCUUUUCAAACACGCUCCUCUCCAUGAAAUGUGGGAUAGCACCUUUGAAGGCAUGAAAGUUGAAGUGAAAAACAAUGACUGUGAUAAUCCAACUGAUAAACUGAAUGACUAUUUUUGGGUAGCUACUGUUUUAAAAGUUAAAGGAUAUAUGGGACUGUUACGCUAUGAAGGAUUUGGCAGUGAUGACUCCAAGGAUUUUUGGGUGAAUCUGUGUUGUUCCGAAGUGCACCCAGUGGGCUGGUGUGCCACUCGGGGCAAGCCACUUAUACCACCUCGUAGUAUUGAAGACAAAUAUGCUGAUUGGAAGAAGUUUUUAGUGAAACAACUUACUGGAGCUCGCACAUUACCAGCCAAUUUCUACACCAAACUCAAUGAUAGCCUUGCAUCAAGAUUUUCUAUCGGAUCUGUUAUGGAGGUGGUGGAUAAGAAUAGAAUUUCACAAGUAAAAGUUGCGAGUGUGUGUGAAAUAGUAGGAAAGCGGUUACACAUAAAAUAUUACGACAGUUCACCUGAAGACAAUGGAUUUUGGUGUCAUGAAGACUCACCUCUCAUUCAUCCUGUGGGCUGGGCUUUCCAUGUAGGACACCGUUUAGAUGCUCCAGCGAGCUAUUGCCAAAGGGUAGCUACUGGAAGGUUGCUGCCUAAUGACACAACUCCUGAUAUGUUUUAUAAAUAUCCAACAAAUGAACCACCAUUGUUCUCUGAAGGAAUGAAGUUAGAGGCUAUCGACCCUUUGAAUCUUUCAUCUAUAUGUGCUGCUACAGUGAUGCAAAUACUGAAUGAAGGGUACAUGAUGAUCAGGAUUGAUUUUUAUCCCCCUGAUGAGUCCAGAGCGGAUUGGUUUUGUUAUCACCAGAGAUCACCGUGCAUAUUUCCUGUUGGCUUUGCAUUAGCUAAUAAUAUUCCACUUGUGCCUCCUUCUGGAUAUACAGCAGAAGAGUUCAACUGGGAGCAGUACCUGUGCGCGUCGGGCAGCUCAGCGGCGGCGGCGGGUGCGGGGGCGGGGGCGGGGGCGGCGCUGUUCGCCGCUCGCGGCCACGUGGUGUCGCACGGGUUCGUGUGCGGCAUGCGGCUCGAGUGCGCCGACCUCAUGGACCCCCGCCUUGUGUGUGUGGCCACCGUCGCCAGGGUCGUCUGCGAUCUGCUCAAGGUCCACUUCGACGGGUGGGGUACUGAGUACGACCAGUGGCUGUGGGCGCACAGCACGGACAUGUACCCGGUGGGGUGGUGCCGCGCCGUGGGGCACCGGCUGGAGGGCCCGCUGCAGCCCGCGGCGCCGCGCGUGCCCCGCCGCCCCCAUCCCAAGCCCAGCAGGAGGAGGCGUCGCGCGGCUGACGGACCGAAGACCGCGGCCCAACCGCCGAAUACCACUGAAGAGAGUUCUCAGAAUUCCGACAUGGGCGAUGUUAAGAGUCUAUCUCCACCGACAAGUGUGUCGGAAACGUCGGCCGAUGUGGAGCCGCUCGAGCCAGUUGUAGUGAAGAUGGACGUCCAGCCGGUAGUCCAGAACGAUCAGGAAUUGAAACAGUUAGAGUUGCAUGAAAAUGAUAGACAUGAUGACAUGAAAGUCCCCGCAGACCCACCACAAGAUACCUGUGGAACUCCCAAUGAACCUCCGCAGAUGUCAAUAGAAGACACGUACGACUCCGACAAGGUGAUACCUAGACUAGUCAACACCACAGUGCCCUUAGAAAUACUAAACACAGUCGAUCCAGAGAACUGGACUACCAUGGACGUAGCCAGGUUCUUAACUGUCAACGACUGUCAACCCUACUGCGUCAACUUCAAUAAUAUUGAUGGUCAUAUGAUGCUGCAGUUGUCAAAAGAUGAAAUAAUAGAACUCCUUGAGAUGAAGGUAGGUCCCUCACUCAAAAUAUUCGAUUUGAUCCAGCAAUUGAAGUGUAAAAUAAAGCAACCUCAGUGUAGAUUAUUAAGUAGUUAUAAGUAGGUUAUUCGCUUAUUAGGUAGUGAUCGUGCGCAAUAUUUUUUGCAUUGGAAAUUGUGGCCUUUGACGUUCUUGCAUAUGCGAUGAGAAUAUAUAACAGACUUAUAUAAAAUAUUGACUAAUUCAGAUUUAGAAACACAGUAAUUGGUCGAUGAAGCUAUAGGUAAUACUAGAGCUAGUACUCCCAAGAACCCUAAGUAGGGUCGGUCCAUACAUAAUUGUGAACCUUAUUCCUAGGGAUUAGGGUACAAAAGGUAUGGAUUUUUGCAGUCAACCGUACAUGUACUGCUAUUUCUUUCAUCUGCCCGACUUCUUGUACGUUAAAAGGUAAGGUAACUAACUGCACGAUAUCUACACUACAUGUUAUACCUACGUAUUAUAUUGCAAUGCUUAAGACAGGUUCUUGGGAGUUCUGGCUUCAGUACUAUCUAUAGCUUCAUGUGCAUAAUAUUUAUUUUAUAUAAAGUUAGCAAAACAGGUUAUAGCCAUUACAUUAUGAACUGUAAAAUUGACACAAAUUAAUUUUAGGAUUGUGUUUGUAAUGAUUUAAAUGGAAAGGGAUGGGAAACAAUUUACACUGUAAGCUUUUAACACUAAUGUAUUCUAUAAUUUAUAUACCGCCUAUGUAUUAAAAAUCCCUGGUUUUGUCUCUUCUAAAGCAAAGGGCUGAUAGUCAUCAGCCCUUUGCUUUAGAAGAUCCCAUUGAUCAGUUUUUCACUACUAUUAGAGCCAGGACAUUGUUUAGUCGCGCUGCAUCGACGGCAACGCAGAAAUUGUAUAAAGUUUUCGACUUACGUCAACGCACGUCACUGUCAAAACCUCUGAACAAUGGGGCACGUUUCUUAUAAUUCCUUUGCAAGUUUAUUUGAAAUCACUAAUGGUGAUUCAAUACCACCUGCGUAGUAAAAUAUAUUGAAAUAAUUUAAAACAAUCAUGUUUUAAUUAGUAUAUCGUGUUUUAGAAACUUGACAAAAUAUUUUAAACAUUAAAAUCAAUUGGAAAUUCGUAUAUUUUUGCUUCGUUUCGAAAUACUUAGUUAAAUUAUUUUUCUAGUCUAGUAUGUUUUGGUUUAGUUUCAGUGGAUUAAAACUAAACUUGCAAUUUAGCGUACUUUGUAAUUUAUAUGCUAUGGUGCUACAUAAUUUUUGUAAUAGGAUGAUAUUCCAUUUAUCAAAUGUCUUUGUCCGACAUACUAGUGUUUCCGAAAAAUCUACAAUUUUACUAUAUCGACAUUCCAAUUAAUUAUCGAUAGUAAAGAAAAUUUUUAAAUGCAAUAUUUAUCCCCUGUAGUAACUUUAUGUGAAUUGUCAUGUCUACAUAUCUGAUUUUAUUUUUUUAUGUGGUGUUUGAGUUUACAGUACGGCUAACAAUGCUUUUUAUCUAUGAAUCUAAGAGAAAAUUUCGUUUUUCACCUUAUUUUUACAAGCUUUCAAAUCGUCUACACAUGUUUUAAAUCUGUCGCGGCAACCGAAAAGGAUGACAGGUAUAUGAAAGAAAAAGAACUAAUAAGGACUUCCUUUUCUGUUAAAUAUAUGCGCAUCCCUUUCUAUUCCAGCAACAGUACAACGUAAGAACAUAUUUUACUAGCUGUACUUCAAGUUAUCACUAAUUGUUUGUAAAACUAUCGGCUUUAAUUGAGUACACAAUCGAAUUAGAUACUUAACUAGCAUUUCUGUAAUAUUUUUUUUCUCAUAUUAGACAUAUGAGAAAAAUUCAUCCAUUUAUCAUAAAGGAUUUAUGAAUUUACAAAACAAAAGAAGUUAUAAAAAUAUCUGCAUUUGACUCAAAUGUAUGUAUGUACACUAUACGAUUUAGUCAACAUUGUAUAAUGGAAAACUAGAAUACUUUCUAAUCAUUAUUUAUCUGGCAUUAUCUGUUAAAAAUUUUUUUUUUGCUAAGAAUUAAAAUAAAAUUAUUAAGUGUGUUGGUGGCGCUAGUGUGCGGGUAAAGCGCUUCGUAAUAAAUAAUAUCCAUGGGAAGUAAGGAAGGAAAUUGGCUGGAUUCAGUGUUAAAAACCUCCUUCACAAAGGCUUCGAAGACUGAAAACACAUCACAGGCUCACACGUGAUAGGUAAUGCUUUACAACACCGAAUAUUAUAUAAAGUUGGUUAAAUAUUGGAAAUGAGGGUAUGCAUCUGUAUUAAUCGUAGACAGAGAAAACUAAUAGACAUCAUCAUAUCUUUCAUUUAGCUUAUACAAAAAAGGGAACUGAACAUUAGAAACGGGAUAUAGUGUAAUAUAUUUUGUCCCUCAUUGUGUACCCGGCUUUUUACGUUUACCUUUCCAAUUUGUAUGAUACAGGCCGGGAAGUUGUAUGGAAAUGUUCUAUUUCAUUUAGCUACGCUAUUUCGAUGUCUUUGGCAUUGAUAUUAAAAUCACAUUUUUUCCUUUAUGAAAAUGAGGAUGGAUAUUUGUUCUUGGUUUGAAAAUAUCAUAUUAUUUUUACAUUAUGAACUCAACUUUUUAAUGGCGAUGUGUCUUUUUUAUGUAGUCCUUAAUUGCGUUUGUACAGCGCAAUUAUUUUUUAAUUGUAUGAGUGCUCCACCCACAUUCCACCAAAUUAAAUAUUUUAGCGAAUCAGAACAGAUUAUAUGCUGUCUUGCCCUGAGUGUCCUACCACCUGCACGUUGAAGGAUCAAGAUCUACCACAGAUAAUGCUGUAUCGGUGGUGUCUUAUUAAAUACAUAAAAACAUGUCUAGUCCUAUACAAGUUUUGGUUGAAUACAGGUGUGUAUUUUGUUUCGUUAUCCUGGUUCUAAACAAGAUCUCUAUACUUAGUUUUUAAAGAACAUUAUUAUAUAUUGCCUUGAAAUUGUGACUUACAGAAAUCAGUGUGUGAAAGAUUUGGAUUUUCUGCUAUUAAAUGAAAGGGAAAAUGAAAA